UGAUUAAAAAUGCAUUGCCGUGUUCUCUUUUAACUUUAAAAUAAAAUUAUCAUAUACAUGUAAUUAUACUGGAGUGAAGCGUGAAAACAUAGAAAUGUUAAAACUGAAAUAGAACGAGAUAAUAAUAGGCAAUGUCAUGUAAACUGUACUAAAUUGUGACAGUCCUCAUCACAAAGGUAACCGAUAUAGAAGACCUAUGUGAAUUACAAUAUAUAAUGAACAUUAAAAUAACAUGUAUACCACGGGUUAAAGCCAGGUAAACACUACCGUCCACCCUCCGUAUUAAUACUCAAGCUUGACCAUCAAAUGACCAAACUAUCUGGUCGGACAAGAUUUGUGUUAGAACCGUACAACAAUACCUCACACUAUGGCAAGUGUCAAAGCCCGUCCGGUUCGACAGCCAGCGCGCUCUGGUGGCCUAAACCCGCCCCCUAUUUUAUGUUGAUACUCGAUUUGAAUUAACUAACCCUUAAUCUCAUUGUGAUGUGCCUCCGAGCCCAUGUAACCCCUUGUCGCAUUAUCGGUCUCAUUUCAGUUUUCAUUAAUCACAUACAAAUUCAGGCGCAAGCGCAAACAGUCGAUGAUAGCACUUGGAUUGACCAAAUGAAAUCUGAUGUUUACUUUAAAACUUACCACUGUUAUGUGAAAACAGGAGCUCUACUCCUCGAUUACAGCGAUAUGUAGCCGCAGUUUGAACAAAUCUCUUCUACGCACAGGUGCGCCAGACACGGAGACAUUAUAAGUUAUAAUAUAUUUCUAAAAAAUCAUUUAAAGUUAAUGUAUUGAUUCUUUAUCAAACUAUGGAACAAAUAAGACCGAAUGUGUUUCCAUUUUUUCCUCAUCCAUUUACAUCGCCGAUGCAUGGGAUGCCGAUGGAGCGACUCCACCUUGGGGGUCCAGCCUUUCCAAUGUCUGCACCCAUGUUCGCCCCAUCCCACACGUCCGUAUCAGGGAUGACGGCGCCACUCGGAAACUCGACCCCCGGGAUGCUGAUGAACAGAUUCGCUCCACCCAUGGGGAUUCCAACGUUUUCGUUCUCACAAGAGGAAGUUGAUAUGGUACUUUACGGGUACACCAAGAACAAGCGGGGGGACAAACUAAAUGGCCACGCCCUGUCCGGACUAAGACUCGGGGACAUCACUCACGGUGGUGACGAUGUAAGAUCCCGGGGGCCAGGCGGACAAAGAUCCCGUCCCCCCGGGGAAGGAAUGCACAAAAGUAUUGACCGGAUACUAGGAGCGGGAAGCGCAUACUCUCAUUCACAACUACGACAACCUAUGAUAACCACCAAAGUCUUGGAAGCUGCAGGGCUCGAUCUGCCUGAAGGGGUGGCCAUUUUCCAGACGACGUUCGCCGGUGGAAUACAUUAUGGCGUAUUUUGUACCCAAACAAUAAUCGCCCGGAGCACAAAAUUCGGACCCUUUAAGGGUAGGACCGUCAAUAUGAGCGAGAUAAAGACUAAUGAUGAUAAUUCAUUUAUGUGGGAGAUUUUUCAAGAAGGCAAAUUAAGUCAUUUUGUGGAUGGUCGUGGCAGCACUGGGAACUGGAUGUCUUUUGUGAAUUGUGCUCGGUAUGCACAGGAACAGAAUUUGAUCGCUAUACAAACAGAUGGAGAGAUCUACUACGAAGUGUGUAAGGAUAUUCCCCAAGGGACUGAACUCCUUGUGUGGUACGGAGACUGCUACCUACAGUUUAUGGGAGUACCUGUGUCACUGAAGGAAAUGGCAGAUGGGGAGGGCAAUCAAGAAAGUGAAUCGGCCGAGGGAUACCAAUGUGAGCGAUGUGGAAAGGUCUUCGCCUACAAAUAUUACAGAGACAAACAUCUAAAGUACACAAGAUGUGUCGAUCAGGGAAACAGAAAGUUUCCAUGCCACCUCUGUAGCAGAUCCUUUGAAAAGCGGGACCGUCUGCGCAUUCACAUAUUGCACGUGCACGAGAAACAUCGACCGCACAAAUGCAUGGUAUGUGCUAAGAGCUUCAGCCAAUCAUCGAGUCUAAACAAGCAUAUGCGGGUACACAGUGGAGAGCGGCCCUAUAAAUGUGUUUACUGUAACAAAGCCUUCACGGCUUCCAGUAUCCUCAGGACACACAUCAGACAACACUCUGGAGAAAAACCGUUUAAGUGUCGACAUUGCGGGAAAGCCUUUGCGUCGCAUGCGGCACACGACAGUCACGUGCGAAGGACGCACGCGAAGGAGAAGGCAUGCUCUUGUGGUGUCUGUGGCAAGAUAUUUGCCACCUCAUUUGAACUGAAAUUACAUAUGAAUGUUCACACCACAGGAUAGUCGGUGAAAUAAUCACAGAGGAGUGGCUGAGUUUAAUUUAUUGUGUUUGUGAGUGAAGUGUUUGUUUUCUUUAAUGAGAUGUUCAUUCAAGGUCUAUGUAACGUGCUGUUGUACACGAUGUACUGAAAUGUUUGAAAAUUAAAUAGGAUUGUCAUUGUCAGGAACUUAAUUUGAAACUCAGUUCUACACGUUCAUCGGACGUAUCGAUCACUCGUAAAAUAGUAUUAAUCUUUAAAAUACUUGCAAUAUAAGCAACUUUUCUUAACACCAUUCAGCCGAGAUUGGUCAUUAAAGAGCAAUUUGUAAUAUAUAGCUUUUCGCAACUAAUAUGCCCUAAGUGGUUUUGUAUUGAUUUUUUUCAAAGCGUAGGUACGUGAGAACAAAUGAAACAACUAUAUGUUCUUAUUAGGGACCAUGCACUCCAAUUAAUAAUGAUAUUACAUUAAUUACACUGGGUAUAUCAUUUUAGGAUUUUUACACCGAACACAUGCCUGUACAAAACAUAAAAUGAUUGAUAUUGUUCAAUAUUUAUCAUGUUGAAAGGUUAAUCGUAUUUAAUGUUCAAACAAGUUUACACAUUUCCCCGUGUUAAUGUAUAUCGUGUGAGACAAACUUUUUAGACUUUAAAAACUUUAAGAUGUAUUACUUGGCUUGAAAAGCUUGAUCUGUUUUAUUAUAUAUUGUUUGUUGAUAUUCUUUAUAUUAUGCCAACAACAUUAUAAUUAAUCAUAAUUCAUAACAAACAUUUAAAGGGCGAAUUGUGAAUUGUUAUUUAAUUUUAAACUUUUGAUUUAAUAUUUUGAAAAGAAAUAACAUUAGAGCGUGCUUUAAGUUAUUGUUGAACUGCCCAUCCUUGGCAUUAUAAUUAAGGUGUUGAAUCGUAAUGAGGUUUGUAGUAUGAAAUAUGUUAGCAUAACAAUCAUUAUAAAGCGACCAUAUGUUUAUAAUAUUUGUAUAAACAAUAAAAAUGUUAGCCUUGUUGA